AUGCUCCAGAGAAAGAAAAUCAGUUCGAUUGCAGACUAUCCUGAUGCCAUGACCUCGUACAAAGCCACUGAUCUCCACCUGGCGCUCCAAUCCCCCUCCAGCCUGCUCGACUCGCCCCCGGCUUCCGUGGCCAACGGGUGUCGAGUUCAAAUCAAAGUAAGUUACUGCAAUAUUGUAUUUUAUAAUAUUUUUAAUUAAAUUUUAAAAUAAUUUCAAUAUUUUUAGAGGUUUUAAAAUGUUAUGUUAUGUUGAAUUUUAAAUUUAAAAGAUUGCACGUAUUUUACAAACCUUUAAUCAUUAACACCUUUUCGCAAGCAGAAGUGAUAAACAUUGUCAUUGGUUUAAUUGAUUGCGCUACUGUUCUCGUUUCGUACCAAUUCGUAUCAGUUUGUUUUUUGAAAGAUUUGUUCCGAAAAGCUUUGAGUUGGGAUUAAAAUAAAUCUGCAUAAUUAUCACUUACGAAAUUCCAUUACUGACUUGACAUAACGUUACUGAACUUGUUUGGUAGAAAUUAAAAUAAAAUUGGUAAAAAAAAUGAAAAAAAAAAAAUAAAAAUGAACUAAAACUGACAAUUUAAAAACUUUAAAGCUAAACUGAUACAAUUACUAUCGUAUGUUACCCUAAACCACCCACUUUUCAGAAUGAAAUCACAGAAUCGUCUUCAGAGUUCCUGGGCUCAUUAGAAGUGUCUUUGCCCUCAGGGAAAGUAGUUCAAAUGCCAGCAGAGUCGUCGACUUUAUCAGAAUACAUUCAAGUAGAUGGCAACCUUCUGACUAGUCUACACGGUAAAGGAGGACAGAUUCUGACGAUGCAAGCCUUCUGUGGCGGUGCUAAGCCGAGAAUGUUUGCUAGACUAAAAAAGUAAGGUUUUAACUUAAUGUACGGCCUUUUGUUCACAAUUUAUUUACAAGCUAAAUCUAUAUUUUUGACAAAAUACAGCUUACUAUAAGCAACAUUUACUGAUAUUGUUUAUUAACCUUUGUCUUUCAGCAACACAUCUACUCUGCCAUGUUCGUUUAACUGCGAGUUCAAAAGAGAUCUUCAGAAUCCCGCCAACCGGCUCUGUUCCAUCAACGUUUAUGCUGUUCAGUUCGUGAAAACACCACAGUCUGGGGUCAAGUCAGAGUUCAUCACGCGACACAACUCCAGCUGUAGCUUCAUCUACUUUGAUGCUGCGUAAGUCAUAUUUUAACUUAAUUUUUAUUGAAUUUUAAAAUUUGUGAAAAGUUUGUUUUUUCUCUUUAGGGCCUUAAAAAUGUCACUUAAAGUAGUAGAAAGGUCUCAAGUGUCUAUUAUAUCUAUACCCAUUUAUCACCAGCUCCAAAUAGACGUGACCCCAAAGUUAGCAGGUCAUCUGGCGAGUGACCCGGUUAAUUUGGGUUCUACCUCCUCGCACCUCGCCUCCGUACCAUGCGGUUGUUGCAAUCGCACUGGUCACUCUUCAAGGAUUGUAGUGCAAGGCGCGCGUCGAAUGACCGGUGGGGCAGAGCGGGGGGAGAGAGCACGCCGCGAAGGGAGACCCCGCUUCCGCACGCUCCGUGUCUUGCACUACCAGUUUGUACCGCACUGCACUCUCUUGGCGGGCGGGGCGGCGAAGGGAACAGACGGUCACUCUUCGGGGGAGACGUCGCUGACCGGUUGUCCUUUUAUGGUUAUGUAAAUCUGUGUCAUCACUUUGUCCACGUGGGUCCCAGGUUCUGCCAUUUCGUAUUCGAUUUAAUUAGUUGAAUCAUACUGUAGCUUCUUUGGAUUUAUAUUACAGUAAUUUCAAAGCUUAAUAUACCACAAAUUACGUCUUCAAUCUUUGCUACAGUAUGCCAUUUCCAAUCAACCUUUUUCCAAUUACAGUACAUUUUCAGUUCGGUACCGUACCUCGGCCACUUCCCAUCAGAAAAGACUGGCAGUUCGUUGUUCUCCAUCGUGCACAGUGAGGAUGUAGCCGUUCUCGAGCGAGUUCAUCGCUCUCUGAAGGCCGGUGUGUCAUUAGAACGAAGCUCUCGCCUCAGAUUGAUCGGAUUCGACGGCAGAAUCUGCACGGUGGACACGGAAUGGGCUGCCUUCACCAAUCCCUGGACUGGAGUGGUGGAAAUGGUCGUAGCCAAACAUACUGUAAUAGGAAUAGAUGAUAGCAAACAAGUCAAGCCCCUAAGUGCAGAAGACCGUCGCCGAUGUGACGUCACGAUUAGAAGCAUUUUAGAAAGUGUAAGUUCAUUUUAGUUGGUUUAUAGCAGUUUCUAAUGUAGUAACCCUAACAUUAUACAUUAAUAUCAAUAUUUUUCUGCCAUAAUAUUUACCUUUUUGUAUUCAGAACGAUGAAUUUGUUACAAAACCCGAGCCCACCCCCACCUCAGGCGUAGAAACCCCGCCGUUGACCAAGAACAGUGGAUCCCCUCCAGGCUCUCCCGACCUCGCCCUCUCCUACACUCAAAUCAACUGUCUGGAGAACGUGCAUCGUCUUCUGAAGUCACAAACCUCUAAAGACACCCAAAUGACAAAUGCCUGUCCCUCGCCAGCUAGUCUAGAUCAGCGUGGUCCUUUAACUCGAGAGCUUCUGAAUCAACACGAUCGUCGAUGGGAAGCAUUGUGCAAAGGAAACUGGCACCGUCGCCUUCAGAUGAAGCGCUCCAUGGGUUCUACAGGAAGUUCGGAGCCAAGGAAGAAGCCGCGAGUCGCGAACACCCCUAGCCCUCUGCUAGCCAACGCCCUUGGGCAUCAGAAACAAGCCAUGCCCACGCCACAGCUUGUCAACUACAUCAACGCCCUUCUGGCCAACCCCCAGAUGAACAACAUCACGACCAUCCAGACCCUGCUCGGUCAAGCCAUACCCACUCAGACCCCCUACUGA